AUGUCGAAUUAUAGUAAUUGUAGGGACUCAUAUGUACAAUAUCAACAUCUUGCAAAAUCACAUAAUGUUUUGUACCAUGAAUGGAUGGACGAUAAUGCAUUGCCAACACCAGAUCAAAUAUUACGAAAUUUACCUCAUAGAUCUCAUGGAAGUGACAGUGCAGUUGACGAUCAGGAUGAUAUGACUGUUCCAGCCGGGACUUCUGUAGAUAAUGACAUGGAAGAUAAUGUAGGCUUUACGGUCUCUGACAAAUAUUGGGAUUUCUUUUGCGAUGAUGAGCAAUGGGAAAUAUUUCAUAGUGCAAACUUAACAGUUGAACCUAAUGGAAAUUUGAUGUUUAACAGAAUGAUCACUGCUCAGGGACCACUGGACACGUUGGGCGGGUCAUCAAUAGGGAGGAAUAUAUAUCGAGGUGAUGAUGCUAAUGGUGCUAGUAAUACCCAUAAUUCUAAGGACGAUGUCAAUAUAGAUAAUAAUACAAAUAAUAGUAGGGAUAAUGGUAAUUCAGAGAAGGAUAUUGUUGUCGGAUCAGCAUUCGAUCCAAGGACUUUACAGAAUAUUAAACAGAAAGUUGAUGGUUGGACAAAUGGUUUUCCAAACCUUACAUAA